CUCGCGAACGGCAGACGGCACUGAGCAGCUCAAUGCAUCGUGUUCUCCCUCGUUUGCUCUUCUAAUCCUGGAGACGACACUGCAUUCUCCCCCUGCAAAUCCGACUGUGGCUCCUCAACGUGUACGGCACGGCUAGAUCGAUCCCAACACUAAGGAGUGCACGCGCUUGUCUAGUGCCGCCCGCAGUAGCUCGACCAGCCUCGAGCUCGAAGCUCACCAGCUAGUCCCGAGAUUCUCUUUCAGCUUUGCCCUCAAAACCACGGCGCAGCCCGUCACACCUCACGCCCACAUUCCUCGCAGACGCAAUGGCAACGGAAACGAGAGACGUCAGCAACCACAUCCUCUUUGAGGUCGCGACCGAGGUCGCCAACAGAGUUGGUGGCAUCUACUCUGUCCUCAAGUCUAAAGCUCAGGUUACCACAGCCGAGUAUGGCGCAGCAUACACCCUGUUGGGCCCAUGGAACAGGGCUUCGGCGCAAGUCGAAGUCGAACCCAUAGAGCCCAAGGACCCCGCUCUGCUAGCCACCAUCAAGUCCAUGGACGAGCGUGGCAUCAAGACGUUGUACGGACGCUGGCUUAUUGACGGGGCUCCUCGCGUGCUCCUGUUCGACACAGGCACAGGUUACAGGUGGCUUGACGAGUGGAAGGGCGACCUGUGGUCCUCAGCCGGCAUUCCCUCCCCUCCAGGCGACUCCGAGACUAACGAGGCCAUCGUGUUCGGCUACCUCAUUGCAUGGUUCCUGGGCGAGUAUACAUUCCACGAGAAGAAGCGCGCUAUCAUCGUGCAAUUCCACGAAUGGCUCGCUGGUGUGGCCGUGCCGCUUUGCAAGAAGCGCCGCAUUGAUGUGACCACAAUCUUCACGACCCACGCCACGCUUCUUGGUCGCUACCUGUGCGCUGGUUCGGUCGAUUUCUACAACAACCUCCAAUACUUCGAUGUCGAUGCUGAGGCUGGAAAGCGUGGUAUAUACCACCGCUACUGCAUAGAACGCGCAGCAACACACGCGGCUGAUGUAUUCACGACUGUUUCUCACAUUACCGCAUAUGAGAGCGAGCAUCUUUUGAAGCGCAAGCCGGACGGUGUUCUGCCCAACGGUCUGAAUGUCAAGAAGUUCUCGGCUACUCACGAGUUCCAGAACCUGCACCAACAGUCCAAGGUCAAGAUCAACGACUUCAUUCGAGGUCACUUCUACGGCCACAACGAUUUCGACCCUGAAAACACUCUCUACUUCUUCACUGCCGGACGAUACGAAUACCGAAACAAGGGUGUGGACAUGUUCAUCGAGUCGUUGGCGCGAUUGAACCACAAGAUGAAGAGCGAAAACUCGAACAUGACAGUUGUGGCUUUCAUCAUUCUGCCUGCGCAGACUACCUCCCUGUCUGUCGAUUCGCUGAAAGGACAGGCCGUCAUCAAGUCUCUGCACGACACUGUCGAUAACAUUGCUGGAAACGUAGCCAAGAAGCUGUUCGAGCGCUCAUUGACCUGGACCGAGGGUCAGGAGCUGCCCGAGGAUAAGGAGCUGCUUUCGCCUCAGGACAAGAUUCUGCUUCGUCGCCGAUUGUACGCUAUGAAGAGGCACAACCUGCCACCCAUCGUUACCCACAACAUGGCGAACGACUCAGAGGACCCGGUCUUGAACCAGCUGCGAAGAUGCCAGCUCUUCAACCACCCCUCAGAUCGCGUCAAGGUCGUGUUCCACCCUGAGUUUUUAAACUCUGCCAACCCCGUCCUUCCUCUCGACUACGACGACUUCGUUCGCGGAACGCACCUUGGUGUGUUCUCAUCCUACUAUGAGCCGUGGGGCUACACACCCGCCGAAUGCACGGUCAUGGGUGUUCCUAGCAUCACAACCAACCUGUCAGGUUUUGGCUGCUACAUGGAGGAGCUGAUCGAGAACGCCCAAGAUUACGGUAUCUACAUCGUCGAUCGCAGGAUGAAGGGCGUAGAUGACUCGGUCAACCAGCUGGUGGACUACAUGUUCGACUUCACAAAGAAGAGCAAGCGCCAGCGCAUCAACCAGCGUAACCGAACAGAGCGUUUGAGCGAUCUGCUCGACUGGAAGCGAAUGGGCAUGGAAUACGUCAAGGCCCGACAACUGGCGCUCAGGAGGGCAUACCCCAACGCAUACGAGGACGAUGACGAGCCCGACUUCUUCAGCUCUAACGAGGCUAAGAUCUCGCGGCCGUUGUCAGAGCCUGGGUCUCCACGAGACCGCUCGGGUAUGAUGACUCCUGGAGACUUUGCCUCGCUGCAGGAGGGCCGUGAGGGCCUCAGCACUGAGGACUAUAUUGCGUGGAAGCUUCCUGAGGAAGAAGAGACCGACGAAGUCUUCCAGUUCCCGCUCACCCUCAAACCCAAGAAGGGCACAGGCUCAGGAGCCGUAACACCAACGCUCGAGAAGGCCAAUGGCACAGACUAAGGAUGUAUAAUGGAGGAGCAGAAGUGCGAGACGUUGCAUUGUCCAUCAUCUACUAUUUCCUUUAAGUCUUUCACACCAUCAUUACUGCAUGAAGGGAAUCCCCGCGACGCGUUACGAUGUACUAUCAGAUCUGUCAAUACUAAGUCGGUGCCU